CGCAAGGAAAGUGCCACCGUGUCCUUAAAAAGACAAACCCACAUUAUUCUCACAGUGUAACUGUCCAUGUUUUGCCUUACCUACAUUACAGUGUGCACGUGGUGAAAUGUAAAUACACACAAUCGAAGCGUAUUGGAAAUAUAUGUACAUGUACGUGUGUUUUAGUGUAAAUUUUCAAUCUGGAUCACCGCAGCAAGGGAAGCAGAGGCAAGAGAGGGGAGAUCUCCAAAACCAGACUCCUCCUGUCCAAAAACAACAUGUUCUCCAAAUUCACCUCCAUCCUACAGCACGCUGUCGAGGCGCUUGCGCCAUCACUGCCCUUGCAAGAGGACUUUGUCUAUCAUUGGAAGGCCAUCACACAUUACUACAUAGAGACCUCAGAUGACAAAGCCCCGGUGACAGAUACCAACAUCCCCUCCCACCUGGAGCAGAUGCUGGAUAUUCUGACCCAGGAGGAGAGGGAAAGAGAGUCAGGAGAGACGGGACCUUGUAUGGAAUAUCUUCUCCACCACAAGAUCCUGGAGACACUCUACACCCUGGGCAAGGCAGAUUGCCCUCCUGGAAUGAAACAGCAGGUUCUGAGUUUCUACACUAAGUUGCUGGGUCGAAUUCGCCAGCCGCUUCUGCCUCACAUCAAUGUGCACAGACCUGUACAGAAACUGAUCCAUCUGUGUGGGGAGGUUCUGGCUGCUCCUACAGAGAAUGAAGAGAUCCAGUUUCUGUGUACCGUCUGUGCCAAACUUAAGCAGGACCCUUACCUCGUCAACUUCUUCCUGGAAAAUAAGACUAAAAGAUUGGAAGCUGCUAAAGAUGAUGGAGCUGAUUUGGUGAAAGAGGAUCCAUCCUCUCCAGACACGGGACAGAAUCGGAAUCAAAAUAUCAGUCCAGUCAAAUCCGCCCAGGAAGAUGCAGUGUAUAAAUCCACCAACCCGGGAGAAGCUAGUCCCUCCGUCCAUUCUACACUGUCAAACAAUGACAACUGCAACCUAGUCAGCUCCUUGCUCAACCUCACUAAGAGUCCGGAUGGGCGUAUUGUGGUGAAAGCAUGUGAGGGGCUGAUGCUGAUAGUCAGUUUGCCUGAACCGGCUGCAGCCAAAUGCCUCACUGAGAACACCGAGCUGAGUCACCUGCUCACAGACCGGCUGGCACAGUUCUACCGGGCUCUGCCACAGUCCAUGGACCCCCUUGACAUUGAAACUGCGGAGUCUGUAAACUGGGGGCUGGAUGUGUAUAAUCUAAAGGAGGAUGCUGUGGCUUUUGCUGGCAAACGUGCGCUCAUUUCCUUCCUGUCAUGGUUGGACUACUGCGAUCAGCUCAUCAAAGAGGCUCAGAAGACAGCUGCUGCAGUUCUGGCCCGUGCCAUGAGAGAGCGGUUCUUCAUUGCUGUAAUGGAGCCUCAGCUAAUGCAAACGUCAGAGGUCGGUAUUCUGACGUCCACAGCGCUGUUAAACAGGAUCAUAAGACAGGUGACAUCAAAGGCCCUGCUGCAAGAGACAGUUUACUUCCUGUUGGGAGAGGAAACAGGACCAGAGACACUUGCUGGCAUUACCCAGCAUCCCUUGAGGCACAGACUCAUAGAACACUGUGACCACCUGUCAGAUGAGAUCAGCAUAAUGACUCUAAGGCUGUUUGAGCAUCUGCUGCAGAAACCUUGUCAGCACAUUCUACAGAACCUGGUGCUGCGCUGCUUAGAGGAACGCAACUACAUGGAAAACAAACAGCCAGAGGAACGAGAGGAGCGGGAACACAUGGAGAACGGCCAACCGCAUGAUGCUGUAGAUCUGGAGGAAGACCCACUGUUCUCAGACCUUUCCCCUGAUAACAGACUCUCCAGUCCUGAUUGGUUAAGGUGCUCUCCGCCACAGAGCACAGAACACACCAAACCUGAUGGGAAGACUGAGGUUCACAAGAUAGUUAACAGUUUCUUGUGUUUGGUGCCAGAUGAGGCAAAAUCGUCCUAUCAGGUUGAGGGCACAGGCUAUGACACCUACUUGAGAGAUGCACACAGACAGUUUCGGGACUUCUGUGGGGUUUGUCAGAGGUGGGACUGGCGUAGCUGUCCUAAACCCUUCGAGAAGUGUAAUCUGGACAGUCCUUUCUUCGAGGGACACUUCCUUAAAAUGCUGUUUGACAGAAUGGGACGAAUACUUGACCAGCCAUAUGACGUUAACCUGCAGGUGACGUCUGUGCUGUCUAAACUCUCUCUAUUGCCUCACGCUCAUCUUCAUGAGUAUCUGCUCGACCCGUACAUUAACCUUGCACCGGGCUGCAGGUCUCUCUUCUCAGUCAUUGUCAGGGUGGUUGGAGAUCUGAUGUUGAGAAUUCACCGCAUUCCUGAUUUCACCCCUAAACUUCUGCUGGUGAGGAAGAGACUCCUGGGGCUCGAGCCUGAGGGGAUGAGCAUUGAUCACGUGACAUUGCUCGAGGGGGUCAUUGUUCUGGAGGAGUUCUGCAAAGAGCUCGCCGCUAUAGCAUUUGUCAAGUUCCAUGCAUCCGCCUCCACUUCUCCCUGAAUGUUUCGCCGCCGUACGCAGGACACAAACAGAUGAAUAAAUAGACGAAAGGGGGAGGAUGACACAGGAAUGGCAAACCAAACUGCACUCAUCCCUCAGCGCAGACUGCAGCCUGCGGCAGGACGCGCAUUCAGGGAUGUUUCUUGCACGGUAUCAGGGGAUGUUUCCAUAACUGGCUGAGCAAACUGUUCUGAUAAAGACAUUGGAUAGACAAACUGAAUUUUGGAAUGACUUUUCACUCUCGCAGAACAGUCCUGCUGGAGAGGAGAGAGAGAAUUUUAUAGCGUUCAUAUUUAAAGUAAAAAACUGUAUUAAUUCAUAUCUUAAGAAAAAAAUGUAAGUAAGUCUGUAAGUAAAAACAGAAUCUACUUAAAUCUGAAGUUCAAAAAUGACAGAACACACUAAAUUGAAUAUUUAAGUGUUCAUUAUUGUUUUUUAGUUACAGUAUCAAAGAUACUGCUAUUUUGCUUUAUUCUGAGAAAAAAAAAAUCACUAGUAGAUAAAUACGAAUGUCAGAUGCAACACACAAUUAUUUGUGAUGUAAAAUCGCAGUAACUCAGGAUUCAAAGUCUGUUUUUAAACAAUUGGAGAAUUUGAAAAAGUUUUUAAGCUAGUCCUCUCUUUUUCUUUGUGAUGUUAUUUGCCGCUGUUUUAAAUCGUAUUAAAAGCAGUGUGGACUCUGAAUUGGAACGAUCUGAAUCAGACUAGGCACAUUUGCACUCUUAAAACAAACCUGAUUCAGUUCCGCUGACAUGGGUCCCCGGAGAGUGGUUCAUCCUUUAUUUUCUUGACAGUGUUCCUAAAAUAUUUUUUCAUAUACACAACAUAGUUGUGUAACUUAAUUAUGUUAUGUGUGUGCCUUGGUCUCAGCUAGACAAUAGCUAUUUCCAUCAUCUUGUAUCGUCGUGUAUUUAUUUACAGGUUUAAAAUUACUUUUAAAGGAAUAGUUCACCCAUCAUACUUCCCCAAAUGUUGUUUCAACCCUGUAUUAUUUUCUUACAUCCAUGAAACACAAAAGGAGAUGCUAGGUAGAUUGUCCGGGGAGCUCUUUUUACUGUAUAACGAAAGUGGUUUGUCAUUUAUACUGUCAAGCUCCAGAAAGCACCAUAAAAGUAGUCCAUACGACUUGUGUGCUGUAUUCAAAGUCUUCUGAAAACAUAUGAUAACUUUUGUGUUAGGAACAGACCAAAACUGAAGUCGUGAGUGAGUGAUAAUCUUCCCCUCCGCCAGAGCUCACAAAUCUUUUUCGUGCUUGUGUUCAAUUCGACAGUAGCAUCUUUGGAUGCAUCGUGCCAGGUUUGAGAGCUACAGCCAAGGGGAAGAUUUUCAGUGAAUAAUUACUGAAAUUGCAAUCAUAUAACUUGUAAAUGCAUGAGUCAUAUUGGCUACUUUUAUGAUACUUCCAUGGUGCUUUUUUGUCUUUUAUUUUAUUUCUCCAUUUUGGAAUGCCCAAUUCCCAAUGCACUCUAAGUCCUCGUGGUGGCGUGGUGACUCGCCUCAAUCCAGGUGGCGGAGGAUGAAUCUCAGUUGCCUCCGUGUCUGAGACUGUCAAUCCACGCAUCUUGUCACAUGGCUUGUUGAGCACAUUACCGCAGAGACAUAGUGCAUGUGGAGGCUUCACACUAUUCUCCGCGGCAUCCACGCACAACUCACCACAUGCCCCACCGAGAGCAAGAACCACAUUAUAGCGACCACGAGGAGGUUACCCCAUGUGACUCUACCCUCCCUAGCAACCGGGCCAAUUUGGUUGCUUAGGAGACCUGGCUGGAGUCAAUCAGCACACCCUGGGAUUCGAACUCACGACUCCAGGUGUGGUAGUCAGCGUCAAUACUGGCUGAGCUACCCAGGCCCCUGCUUUUUUGUCUUUUUAGAGCUCGGCAGUAAAUAUCACCAUCCAUUUUCUUUGUAUGGAAAUGAGCUGCUCAGACAUUCUACCUAUAAGAUAUUCUUUUGUGUUUCACAGACAAAAGAAAACAAAUACAAGUUUGGAACAACCUUACAUUUGCAUUAUCUGGCAGUAUGGAAUUAUACCAGCAAGUGUUAUUUAUCAGGCUGCUCUCUUCCUAAGCUCCUCUUUGAAAAGGGACACACUGUUCUAAUACCACACUGUGUACAUUUGGCAAAGAAGGGGCACAGCUUGAAAGAUUUUUUUGGGAAGAGGUAGCUUCCAGGGCCUUCUCAAAAUGAAUUGACAUUGCGGCUUUUAUGUAAUGUUCUUUACAGGGUUUAGACAAAUGUUUGUGGUAAAAUGUGUUUUUCUUAAACUUUCAAACAUUACUUCCAUCCACCAUAAAAGUGUAUAUUUAAAGCUGCUUCAAUGUGUUGCAUCAAGGUUCGCAUAUAUAGCCACAAGAGUUGCACACUAGUGUAUAUUUGUCAGUUUUACAUAUGCAUAAAUAUUAUGUCUGUCUUUUAUUUUCUUUAAAAAACCAAAGGAUCAUCGUAGGAUCAUUUUGUCUGUCUCAGAGAAAAAGAACAAUAUAGCAUCUUUUUCAUUGUUAAUCAUGCACAUUUUAUACCAAGUUCUGAAUCAUUUUGGAACUGUGUAUAUACAAAUGUACAGUCAUAACCGUAGACAUGUCUGGUGUGAAAUGCAUGCAUAUUCACUUUCUCUUCCUGACUUGAUCAAUAGUCUUUUUGUCUUCAGUUGCCUAUUUAUGUGGAUAUUUGUGUUGCCUUAUUUUAAAUGCAGUGAAUGGUUAUUGAAUAUGACCUCUGCAGCCCUUGAUUUGAGUUAUAUGCCUAAGAAAAAAAAAAUAUUUUUUUAAAGUUGUAAAAACAUGUAUUCCAAUUGGUUUAAAAAAGAAUCUGAACUUUCUUCUGUGAACAGAUAAAGUUUUGUUUUCUCCAUGUAAUUCAUCUGCAUAGACCUGCAAGUGUUUUGCAUGACAGAUUUGUUCCCAUUACUUGUACAGAUUACAGUUAUUUUUCAGACAAAUUGAAUUUGAGCGUCACUGCCAUGGUGUCACAAUAUGACACUUUUUAAAAGAACAAGGUUGUUAAAUGGUUUGCUUUUUGGGUUUAAAUGACAUUUGAUCCCAAUUGCUUAAUUUUGGGGCUGUAAAACUCUGCAGUGAGAAUUGCUUUCUCCUGUGGCUUUCCUUUAUUCACUUCAGUCCAUCCCAAUUAAAACAUUUGCUUCUUCAAA